GGCCACGGGGUAGAAGUCCACGCACUCCCACAUGCCGGUGCCCGGCACGGCGUGCAUCAGCGCCGGCGCCGGGUCGUAGCGCACGAAGUCCUCCGUGCGGUACACCAGCGCCAGCCCCGCGUGGUCCCGGUCCUUGGACCCGAUGGCGACCCGCCACGACGCCGCCGCGCCGUCGUUGGGCGCCGCCCGCCACGCCGUCGUCGGGUCGCGGAAGUCCGUCAGCCCGAUGCCCGGCGGCGGCACCAGCACCGGGUUGGCGUCCGACUUGACCCACUCCAGCAGCAGCGGGUCGGACGGGUCGGCCGGCUCCGCGAGGUUCUGCACCUGCGCCGACUCCGCCGUGGACCCCGUGUAGAGCAUCACGAUCCGCCCGUCCGGGAGGCGCGUGGCGGACCCGGACCACACGCCGUUGCUGUCGUACGCGUGGUCUGGCACCAUGGCCAGCGGUAGGUGGAGCCAGUGGAGGAGGUCGCGCGAGACGGCGUGGCCCCAGGUGAUGUUGCCCCACACCGCGGAGUCCGGGUUCCACUGGUAGAACAGGUGGUACCAGCCCUUGUGAUACAGGGGACCGUUCGGAUCGUUCAUCCAGUUCUUGGGGGGCUGGAAAUGGAACGCCGUGCGCUGCCACGCCAGCAUCGAGUUGGUCCAGGAGAAGUCCCGGAGCGCGGCGCCGGCGCCGGCGCCGAGGAGCGGGGCCGUGGACUUCUCCGACACGCCCUCAGCCACGCCACGGGAGGCGGCCACCUCCACGGCGACGACGCCCCCGCCACCCUGCCCGUCGACUCCCUCCUGCGACGCCAGGACCGUGACCGCCACGAGGACGAGCAGGAGCACAGCGGAGACGGCGGCGGUGAGAACGGUCAUCGUCGCCGUCGCCGCCGCCGCCGCCGCCGGCCGAUUCUGCCGAGCGCCGGCGGGGGCAGCGCGCCCCCGAGGGUCGGUCUCCGGGAGCAACGGCGUGCGCGCGCCCCCGUCCAACGUCGUCGUCGGAUCGGCAACGGCCGGGAUCAUGGCUGCCUUCGGAAAGAAACAAACACCAGGCUUUAAUUUCUUUGGUUCCAGUAAUGGUAGACGAGACGUGAACGAGGGAGACACGGAGAGAGAGG